CUCAAAUGUCAUAAUAAUUUCAUUUUUCUGAAAAUUACAUUUUCUUUAAUGUUUUGUGUUCUUUUUCCUGUUUUAUUGAUGUCUAAGGCUACUUCUUAUCCUAAUUUUGGUUUAUUUGCAAUAAUUUUCGCAAAUUGUGUAAGUGACUUCUGCCGACACUCCAAGGAUUUUUAAUUGAUGUUUUACAAUGAAAAGCAGAGAUCAUCUUCAUAAAAGGUAGCAAGUGUCUUCGACGCCCACAAGACACUGUAUCAAGGGCUGCGUAGUGCGAUAAAUCUUUAACGGUAAUUUAUACGAUAAAUAAUGAAAUCGUAAAAUAAGUUAGUGUAUGAAGGUGCGUUGUAUGUUGGACAAUGAGUGAUUCGCCUGGAGUGGAGUGGCUCCCGGCGUACAGCCCGGGGCCUCCGAGACACAGUCCCUUGGGCCCCAUUCCUCGUUUCCUAUACGAAGAUGUGCAGCCGCCAUCACUCCAACAGGAAAACAACAACAAGGAAAUUGAUCAGAAACAAAAUACAAAUAAAAUCAAACAUGCUAAGCCAGCUUACAGCUAUGCUAGUAUGAUCAGAUUAGCAAUCAGCAGUUCUCCAAAUGGCAAGAUGACCCUGAAUGAGAUUUACAACUACAUAUGUAAUGCAUUCCCUUAUUACAAAGAAGCGGGAAAAGGCUGGAUGAACUCAAUAAGACACAAUCUGUCUUUAAACAAGUGUUUUAUGAAGGUGGCCCGCAGUAAGGAUGACCCUGGGAAGGGCUCAUACUGGGCCAUGGACAGUAGCUACAAAAUGGCGGAAGUAACGCCGCGGCGCAGACGCAGUUUGCGAAUGGCUCCUUAUAGUCCAGAAUGCAGUUCUAAUAGCAGCGGCGAAGCUGGCGUCUCUGGUGUGGACGCAGCACCGACACCGCCCGCCACCCCUACCACUCCUACCGCGCCUAACACCCCUACCACGCCCACUACGCCUACCACAGCUGUGAUCAAGGAAGAGCCAGUAGUCAAAGAGGAGAAUAAUUCAAAGCACACAGACGAUGCGCUGACAGCGCUUAUGAAUGAAGAGCUGAUAACCGAUGCUGAUAUAAGUAGGGAGAGCUGGUGGUGGUCGGGCGCGCGGCGGCACGUGUGCGAGCUGCGGCACUCGGCGCUCACGGACGACUACGGGAACUUCCUCGACACGCGCGCGCACGACUGCGACUGCCCGCUGGACGCCGCGCUGGCCGGCGCCGCGCCCCCCGCCCCCCCCGCCGCGCCCGCCGCGCCCCCCGCCGGGCCCGCCACGCCGCCCUGGCACGCGUUAUAACACCGCUCGACACUGCUACUCAGACUUGACUGUAUCCGUGCGAAAGUCUUUACUUAUACUAAGUAAGUACCGACGACAGUUUUCGGUUUUCCGAAACGUCGUAUGCUAUUAAUACGAGUUGAAUGACCUUUACGUUAGUUGCACAAGUAACGUCACCACUUGCGACAAUACAUGGGAGUGCAAACAUUGCGAUUUUGCAAUAAUAAUAUCUUUUUAAAACUUUUAUUUGUAUAUUUGUCAUUGUACAAUUUUUAUAAUAUUAAAAAGCUAAUGGAAAUAAUAACAACAUAUUUCUUAGUGUGCAAUCACAUAGUGUUUAUUCCAUGUUCAUUUAAAAAAAAAAGGUAUAUUUAUUGUUAUGCUGAUGUCACACAUUCGAUAUUUCUUUGCAUUGCAAUGGCAUUUACGAUUUGACUCGUAUAUGCUUCUGUCUGGGAUUCGACGAGAAAACUUCGAUAGAAAAAAAAAUAACAAGACGUGUAUCAGUGAUGAACUGCUGUAUUCAGAAUAACGAUUAAAAAAAGACCUAACUUAAAUCUAAGUACAAUCAAAUUGCAUGACGGCGCAAAGUAUACCUGCGUUUUAUUUCUGGCAGACGCUUAAACAUGCCCCCGGGCGUUGAAAGCUUGGCUUUUAAUUGUUAUAAACAUGCAAAGAUUUUUAAAUUAUAAAACAAAUAAUGAUCACAUUGAGCUAAAUUAAAUUAAAAAUGUUAAUUCUAUAGAAAUAUAUACAAUAUAAAAUUUUCCUAACUAAAAUAAAACUUACUAAUAUCAAUUAUUAAGUUGCAUACACAUACAGACAGAGUAUCGUUAUUAACGCAAGAAAUGUCAAAGUUGCACGCGAAUGUAUGACUCCAGCCUAACAUUGCAUUGUAAUAACCUCGAACUAGUUGGCUAAUUCAGUUUAACUGUGAUCAUGAACAGUUGGAGAUUUCUAUCAAUAAAUAGAAACAUUUGAAUAUAUCUUUUUAAAAGACGGUUGUAUUACUGGCUUCGACACAAUCAUGAGAUGAUAUUCAGAAAUAUAUUUUUCUUAUCUUGGAUGGAUGGUGUUAUAUCAAGAGUUUGAUGAAAUGACCAUUGGACCCAUUAGCGAAUAAAACAUGUUGCAUAAUAGCUGUAUAGGUGUAAAUUUAUGUAAAGUAUAUAAUUAGAGUCUUGAGAUGAAGUAUGAUAGCUAGACCUAGUUUAGUCGUAAGCGAUGUGUAUGCCAGUAUUUUUUGUUUUUUUUUUUUUUAUUACAUAAAAUAAAUUUAUUAUACAUUUUCUUCUGAUAUUUUGUCAAACAAAUGUAAAAAGAUAAAGAAUCAAUGUGUUAUACAUAGACCAGUAUAAAGUGUUCAGAUGUAUAAUAUAGUUUUUACAUAAUGUAAGUACAUUUUUUUGUAAAAAAUUAUAUAUAUAUAUAAAUAUAACAUUUUUGUAAACGAACAGACGUAACAUUGUGAAGUAACAUAUCUGCCAAGUUAUAAAUUUUUUAUAGAUUAGUGUAGUUACCUCUGCGUUAGUUUUUAAUCUAGAUUUUAAUGUUUUGUGUCGUUAUGUGCUGCUCCUUGGAUAUUACUACCUGGUUUUUCGACAUAGCAACAUUUAAAUAAAUACCUUUUAAGAAAUACACCCGAUCCACAACACAAUAAUUGAGAUAUAUUUAAUUUUGAAUAUUACAUUGUUUUUAUCCAUAAUAUCAUUAAAUUGAUAUAUUAUAUACAAUUAAUUUAAUUAACAUGAUAAUAAUACGAAUGAAUUCAAUGAGGCGCAGGCGAAAUGAGGUCCUAUAUUAUAUUUUGUUUUUUAAUUUUGUCUGAUGUUUGCAAGCAACAUGGUUGCGGUUGAAUCUAUUUUUUUUUUUUUUUUGUAUAAAAUUAUAAUAUGUAUACUGAAAGUUAUAAAGUGUGAUUUUAUAUUUUAUUAUUAUAUUAAACUAAAAAGUUGUUGCCUUUAUAAAAUUGCAGAGAUAUUUUUACCGACUGACAAAUAUUCAUUCUUAUCAUUUUAAUAACACACUUCUAUAUUAUUUUAAUAACAUCUAUUUAGUUUUUGUGUAUUUGUGGACGGGAUAAUUUUGUUCGAAGAAGAAUAUGUAUUUGAAAAUGUAUUUUGUCUAUUGAAGCUAUUGGAAUGUGAACAAUUCUAAUAACCAGUUGAAACUAGUUUAUAAAAAAUAAUGGGCAUAUUAACAACGUACCACUAAUUACAUUGAAAAAUUGAGAUGUUAUUAAUGUUAUACCGGUUCCAAGUUCAAGGAGUUGCACAUCUCCUCGUAUUAUUUACUAAAAUAAACGGACCAUAGUGCAUACACUAGUGAGUGGUCUUCAUGUAAUGAUAGCGAUGAAAUGUUACAGAUAAUUUGCUGAACAUAUAUAUUAUAUUUGUAUAAUUUUUUGAUUAUAUUUAUAAUUGUAUAAUUUGUAUAAUGAAUUUGAUAAUUAGUGAAGAAAUUAGGAUUGGACACAAGCGAAAAAAAAUGAAGUAAAAAAAAAACACUGCGGUUACAUCUGUGCAACAAGUUAAACGCUAGUGUGACCGCAGAUGUGCAAAUAUCACGUACGUGUUCGACCCGUUAAGUGUUAUUUUAUUUAGAGAAAUACUUUUGGUAUAAUCAUGGGAAAUAAUUAAAGUGUUGCAAAAUCUAUAUCAGAUACAACCAGACACGACGUGAUGGCCAAGUAUCGGCGCCAGUUAGCAAUCAGAUCUCAGAACGACCAGUAUAUUUAACUAAUAGUAAGCUUGCUCUUCGCACAUGGGCGUAUAGAGUUCAAUUAUAUUAUUUAAGAAAUAGAUAUAUACAUAUAUAAAUAUAUGAUUAAGCUUAUAUGACAAAUUAUAAUUUGACACUUGCAAAAGGUUUUCUUUAGUCGUAAAUACAUUCGGCCUACCGUGAACUUCGCACUUGCCUAAAAAAAUUUUCUUAUCAUAUUUAAUCUGUGCCAUAUAGUGCGUACUGUCGAGCUAGACUAACAGUCCCAUAUCUUAUCGAAAUGUGUUCAGGAAUUUUUAGAUUAUAUACUUAUAUUAUUGUGAAAUGUGUGUAUAUACUAGAUUAUUACGCUCUCAAAUUUUAUGGGAUAUUUUGAGCCGUUUAUUACGGUGAAUUUUUUCGGUAGAAGGAUCUACGCCGGUAGAUUUAGCGGUUUGAACGGCGAGCGAUAUUGUCGUCCAAAAAGUUUAAUUGACAUAAUAAUAACUAAGUAUAUAUAUAUAAUUAUUGUAUGUGUUUAAAAUGCUUCGAUUAGGCUGAGGACAUAAUGCCUGUAGUUGUAUUCUAGCAGUGUGUACUCAGACUAAAAUAAAACAAAAUAUUUAAUUUGUUAUUUUGUUGAAUUGGUUCGUAAAUUAACAUUCCUUGCUUUCGAUAGUGAAAAUGUAACAAUUGUUUUAAAAUCUAAAAUUAACAGUCUAAUUAGGGUAUUUAAGUGUAAUUUGUACGUUUUUAAAUUGAAUCGUUUUUUGGUUUAUAUUUAUAUUUUGUAACUCGGUGCGUAAAAUGAGCCAUCAAUUUAUUAUUAUUGAUAUUUAUUAUUUUCUGUGAUAAACUCUUCAUUUUUUUUAAGGUAGAAUUGUUUAUUUACAACAAUAUUAUAAACGCAGUCACGAUGAACUGUGAAUUAAAAAUGUAUCAAUACUUUAAUGGACAAAUAAAAUGAUAUGACAAAUGUCAUACGAAUUAGUUUUGUACGUAAGAAUAUCAGGCAAUCAUUAAAUGGAAUUAUUAAAAGUCACUUGUAAAAUUGUCUAUUAAAGAGAACUCUUAUAUAUUUAUUUGUUUAUGAUAUAAAAAAUGAUGAAUUAAAUGCGUUAUGGGUCAUUUCCGGCUACUUGAAGGUUUUCUGCAAUUUUAAAAGUAUAUUGUGUUAAAAUUGGGUAUAUCUACUCCGCCUAUAGACGAUAUUAACGCAGCGAACUGUUUGAAAUUAUAAUUUUAUUGUUUAUAACCGCGCUACCCGUUUACUUUUAAGAGUAGAAUGUUCUACCUCUAAAAUCAUAGUUGAUGUACAAUAAUAAUUAUAAACUUUUAACAAA